ACAAUGACAUCAGUAACAACAACAAUAAUAACAAGAUCGAUGAUAAUUAACAAUAAAAUGGGAGAAAAUGGUCUCUAGGAGCAGUGGAUUCAUAGUGCAGGCAUUGAGCCCCAGCAAUAAGCCUGGAGGCAAAAAAAAAAAAAAAAAUUAAGAGUAAGAAAGAAAAGAAGGAAGGCAAACUAAGGCAGAUUAGGAGAAAGAAAGAAAGAAAGAAAGAAAGAAAGAAAGAAAGAAAGAAAGAAAGAGGGAGGGAGAGAGAGAGAGAUAGGAAGGGAGGAAGGAAGGGAGGGAGGGAGGAAGGAAGGAAGAAGACUUGAGAUAUGGGGUAGAAAAAAAGAUUUUAGGGGCUCUAUGUUUUGUUUUAAUCUUGGAGUAGCUUGGGGAGGGAACAUAGUAACUAAAAGCAUCUGCUUCUUCAAUACAUCAGUAAGCAGGGAAAUCAUGCAACUGCGUGAGAAGGAGUCAUAAAGCUAAACCGGUAGAGCCCUGAGCCGCUCCCAGGAGGCAGCUCGCCAUGCUGGCUGUGGGCCUGCAGCGCCCGUGCUGCCUGCUCCUGGCGGUGUGCGCGCUCUACCUGGGGGUCUUCCGACUUCUCUACCUGGCCUGCAGUCACCGCAACCACCUGCCCAGGCCUGGGCGAGCUGGCCCCGCACAGCCGCAGGGAGGCGUGGCCGGAGCCCCCACUAGCCCGCAGCUGGCAGGGGAGCUCAGGCCGCCAGCACAGGGGUUGCAGCGGCCUGUGACCUUCGGCUCCCCGCCGGGCUCUGGGGGGCGCUCCUCCAGCUCGGGCCCCGCCAGCAACUUGACUUUGACCCCAGCGCCCCCGCCAGGAGCACAGUCCCUGCCCCUAUGCCCUGUGGAGUCCCCGCUGCUCCGGGGCCCCCUGAGGAUCGACUCCAAUCCCCGCGUGAACUUGAAGCAGGUGGAGACGCAGAAUCCGCAGGUGGCUCUGGGGGGCCGCUACCGCCCCCGGAACUGCACCUGCCCGCAGAAGGUGGCCAUCGUCAUCCCCUUCCGUAACCGGGAAGCGCACCUCAGCUACUGGCUCCACUGCCUGCACCCAGUCCUGCAGCGCCAGCAGCUGGAUUACGGGGUGUACGUGAUCACACAGGCUGGGGAGCAGCUGUUCAACCGCGCCAAGCUCCUCAACGUGGGCUUCCGAGAGGCGCUGCAGGACGGCGACUACGACUGCUUCGUGUUCAGCGACGUGGACCUGGUGCCCAUGGACGACCGCAAUGCCUACAGGUGCUUCCCGCAGCCGCGCCACCUGUCGGUGCUGGUGGACAGGUUUGGCUUCUUCCUCCCUUAUCAGGAGUACUUCGGGGGAGUCUCUGCGAUGAGUAAACAGCAGUUUCUGGCCACCAACGGUUUCUCCAACAAUUACUGGGGCUGGGGAGGCGAAGACGAUGACAUGUUUAACCGACUGACUCUCCAAGGCAUGUCUCUGUCUCGCCCGCGCCCUUGGGUGAGCAAGUUCCGGAUGCUGCGCCACUGGAGGGACAAGAAGAACGAAGCCAGCCCUCAGCGAUUCCAGCGAGUGGCGCAAACCAAGGAGGCGAUGUUCUCAGAUGGCUUGAACACACUCAGCUACCGCGUGGUGGGCAGGCAGAGACACCCGCUGUAUACUCAAAUCACAGUGGACAUCGGCUCGCCCAGCUAGCCUUGGGGUACACCCAUAGAAAGCCUGACUACAACUUGGGGCUCCACUGUUUUUCUGCAUCUGGUCUCUCUCACCUUUGCUAAUCAGGGACAGGACCCCAUCCCCACCUCCCACUUUGUGUGUGGGCGCGGGGGUGUGGGCGGUGGGGGGAAAGGAUAGAGAGAGGCAGAGAACCUGGCUAGGAUAUUUUAUUCCCCUUCUGAGGCUCAGCACGUGACGCCUUAGCUGGGCACACAGUGUGUGCCCAUGUAGAAAGUGCGCACACUUUGGGGAGUCUCUGAGUUUUCACAAUGUCCCCCACCACCACCCCCCAAAGAGAGCUGUGGAGAGCCCCACAUCUGGUGACAGUGGAACACUCCUUUCCCGGGACAGAGGGCACAUUUGUUGUAAAAUGAAUGGGGAGUUUGCUUGCUGCCACUGUUGCUGUACUGGUGAUUUUAGGAAAAAUCAAAGAGUGAUGGUUAUGGUUAUGGUUAUGAUUUGUUGUUGUUGUCAUAUGAUAACAGAAAAACACAAUUGCAAUCCUUUGCUUUUAAUCCUUUGACCUUCUUUAUUCAGUGGUAUGUGAUAGUAUAAUCACUGUGGUUGUAUAUUUUCUAAUUAUUAUUAUUACUUAGAUGGGGGGGGGGGCAGAGAGACUGACCACAGUGCCAAAGCUUCCAUGAAGACUGUGGAGACUGGGCUUGAACCUGGGCCAUGCACACAGCAAAGAAGCUCUUUAAGUGAGGGGGUGGGUGGUAGUGUCCCCAGUUAAGCUCACAAACAUUAUCAUAAGCAAAGACUCUGGUUCAGGCCCCCAUGCCCCAUCUGCUGCUGGGAACACUUCAUGAGUAGUGAAGCAGGUCUCCCAGCAGGUGUUUAUCUUUCUCUUUCCCUCUCUACCUCCUCCUCCCCCUUCAAUUUCUCUAUGUCCUGUCAAAUAUAAUAGAAAAAAAUAACAAAUAGCCACAGGGAGCAGUGGAUUCAUAGUGCCAGCAUUGAGCCCCAGUAAUAACCCCGGUGGCAAUAGUAAAAUAAAAUAGAAUAAAAUAAAAUCUCUCCAAGUCAAAGAAUUUUCAAACCUGAGUCUUGAAUCCUUUGUCCUGCUAAAGAGUGACUUCCAAAGUAACUUGAGCCUUCAGAAUAAAAGCUCUGGGUGUUCUCACUUUCAGUGGCCUUUCUCUAAAUUGAUUUUGAAAGGUAAAGACAGAAACACACACACACACACACACACACACA